UGAUCUGAAGGCAUCUACCGGCACCAAUAGUUACAUAGGAUCGUUGUCCCAAACUCACGAAAGGUGCAGUCGGAGACAGGAGUGAUCAUUAGCCCUUCUCUUGGAUAACCUGAGAUACUCUACAGAUUCCAGCACACCAACUUAUCACUCCAUGCAAUGUCGCCGAAGCUGGAACGGCACCUUCUGCAGCCAUUUAUCUGUUCGAGAUGUCAGACUCAAAGGCACUCCCCCUUCCUACCGCGCUCGCGCACUUUUGCAACCUCUCCAGCAGCACAUACCGUAUCAUCGAGCACGCCUAAGUAUCUCCAGCUCACGAACCGCACCAUUAUUAGACUGGUCGGGCCCGAUGCUGCCAAUUACCUGUUCAAUCUCGUGCCCGCAAGAUUAUUGGGCACCGGAAGCACAAAGCCUAUCUAUACUGCGUUCCUCUCCGCUCACGGGCGCAUCCUGAACGAUGUGUUCAUUUAUCCACCCCUCGACUCCACCAGCGAGGAGUGGUACGUUGAGGUGGAUGCCGAAAGCGCAAGUGACUUGUUGAAACAUCUGCGCAAACAUAAAUUGAGGUCGAAAUUCCAGUUGGAUAAAAUAGAUCCGGACAAGAUGGGCGUGUAUUACAGCUGGCCAUCCGACACGGAAAUUGGAGGGUCGACGGGCCGGAUUGGCGGGCAGGAUCCACGACCAGGUAUGGGCACGCGAUGGCUGGAUGGAACCUCUUCCAAGCCAGAAACACUGCAGAGGCUCGAGGAGGGCGGUGGGCAGGCCGUCACCUUGCAGGAAUACACGAUCCACAGAAUGUUGAACGGUGUGGCCGAGGGCCAGACGGAGCUGCCGACUGCCAACUCCCUGCCGCAGGAGAGCAACAUCGACUUUUUCGGCGGGAUUGACUUCACGAAAGGAUGCUAUCUGGGUCAAGAGCUCACGAUUCGAACGCAUCACACGGGCGUAGUCAGGAAGCGGAUAUUGCCUUGUCAACUGUAUGAUGAGCAGAAUCCGCCCUCGAGUGGGCAGACAACUCCAGAAUAUAAGCCCGAUCUGUCGCUGCCAAUGCCGCCGUCGCAGUCGAACAUAUCAAAACUCAAUGCCCGUGGUCGGGGACGAAGUAGCGGGAAAUGGCUGUCAGGCGUGGGCAAUAUCGGUCUAGCGUUGUGUAGGCUGGAAAUGAUGACGGAUAUCCAGUUGACGGCAGACACGGCGAACUAUGAUCCGAAUGAACAGUACAAAGUACAGUGGGACGUCGAUGGAGAGGAAGGGAAACGUGAGAUCAUGCUGAAGCCCUUCGUGCCGCAGUGGCUAAGGGAGGGCGUCGAGCAGAAUCUACGCAGAAAGGAAAGGAAGGUCAAGCCGCGACGGGAAGAAGACGACUAUGAGGAUGUUGACUGACUCUGUACUACGUAUACUACCUUAUCUUGUUGCAGGAUGAGCGACGUUCUUGCCCGUUGUAAACGUUGAGUCCGCCUCAGAACUAUCCAAAGGAUUUACUCGCAUGUGUGAGCAGUAUUUUGACCUGGAGGGCACCAGCAGUCAUUCAC